ACGUCAUGGGCGGAGUUUAGUUGAAGAUCGAAUUCGGAUUCGGUUGGCGGGCGCGGCCAUCUUGGUGAAUUAGUGACCUGGCGAUUCGGUUUUAGUUAGUGAAAAAUCAUUUGUCAUCCACAAUGUCGGAAAGGGAAGAUAAUGUGUAUAAAGCUAAGUUAGCCGAGCAGGCUGAGCGCUAUGACGAAAUGGUGGAGGCGAUGAAAAACGUAGCCUCACGCAACGUGUCCGACAAUGAACUUACAGUGGAGGAGAGGAACCUACUCUCCGUCGCCUACAAAAAUGUGAUAGGUGCCCGCCGCGCCUCGUGGCGGAUCAUAUCCUCCAUCGAACAGAAGGAGGAAACCAAGGGGGCGGAAGACAAGCUUAACAUGAUCAGGGCGUACCGCAGCCAGGUAGAGAAGGAGCUCCGCGACAUCUGCUCAGACAUCCUCGGCGUCCUGGACAAACACCUCAUACCCAGCUCACAGACCGGCGAGUCCAAAGUCUUCUAUUACAAAAUGAAGGGCGACUACCACCGAUACCUGGCCGAGUUCGCGACCGGCAACGACCGCAAGGAGGCGGCCGAGAACUCGCUGGUCGCGUACAAGGCCGCCUCCGACAUCGCCAUGACGGAACUGCCCCCAACCCACCCCAUACGUCUCGGCCUCGCGCUUAACUUCUCAGUAUUCUAUUACGAAAUCCUGAACAGUCCGGACCGCGCGUGUCGGCUGGCGAAGGCGGCGUUCGACGACGCCAUCGCCGAGCUCGACACGCUGUCGGAGGAGAGCUACAAGGACUCCACGCUCAUCAUGCAGCUGCUGCGGGACAACCUCACGCUGUGGACCUCCGACAUGCAGGGCGACGGCGAGUCCGGUGAAACGGAACAAAAGGAACAGCCGCAGGAUGUGGAAGAUCAGGAUGUGUCGUAAUACUUUUUAACAUUCUAUUUAAAUAUAAUAAAAAAAAUAACUAUAGUAUCACGUAAGACCCAGCCCCCAAUGACAACCGGUUGUAUGGUACUCCUCCACACAUCUCGCCCCCCGACGUAAAUUGUCAGUUCUAGCCCGAUGUACUCACUAUUGUAUACAUGAUAACGUUUCGUUUAUGUAUCGUGGCAAAUUAUCUACCAGUUAUAUACAUUCAUGUACUUCUUUUGAUAUAUUUGUUUUCAAUUACGAAAAAAAAAUAAUGUUUAAGAAAAACGUACUUUGGUAUUGCAUUUUAACUGUAUGUUGUAUGAUGUAUUUUCAUAACUGUAACCAGUCGAUGAUCUCUCGCCUAGAGCACUGCGUCUAGCUCACUUCCGACUUCCGUGCGGCUACUUCUUAACGUGGGAAUUGUAAAUUUUCUAAGUAUUUUAUACCGUGUGUAAAAUUAAUGUAUUUAAAAACUCUGUUGAUACUUGAAACAAGCACCGUAGCGUCGAGGAUGUUUAAUGAGAUAUACAAACAAUAUAACGAUAUAAUAGUUGAUACAUUAGCGAGUUGCGUAUCGAUAGUUUACUUUGUAAUCGCAUCUCCGUGUUGAUUCGGUCUGCACAAAUAGUAGUUUUAUACAAUGGACGUUUAAUCUCGUGGCUAGGUUGUUGUUGAGACUGUCGCUAGUGCUAGGCAGUCUGCAGGCCGGCCAGUCUUCCGCGCCCUCGCUGCAUUUGUAUACAUUUGAAUCAUUUAUUGAUAUAUUUUAAACGAUAAACGUAACAUUAUUAGGGUGGUAAUGAGUAGUAACUUGCAAUAUUUAGCUAAGUGAUAGCGGCGUCACCCAGUCGGUGUUUGUGUAUCUAUCGUAUGUAUCGUACAUGUAUGUAUUUAUUGCAAACGGAUAAGUUGUGUAACUGUGACUACUGUGUAGUACACUCGCGAGUCCUCACUCCGUGCUGAGCUUACAUACAGAACACGUGUCGGCGUACCCGCGCUUCCUUCGUAUUACAACAUUUGGAGUAUUCACAUUUGAAUUGCUUUAAUUACUUACGAGUAUUGUGAUAGAGAUUUUGUAUAUUUUAAUUUAUUUUUUUUAAUUUCGCAAGUUCUCGAAAAUUGCUGUAGCGCUACAUCUCUUACGAUUUACAGGACAAACAGUAGUUCUAAAAGUUGUGCUAGGUUAAGGUAAUGCACUUGGGGAAAUUAUUUAUUUGAUGGUUGUCGCGGCGGCCGUGACCGCGACUGAUGCUACUCGAAGACAUUCCAUCUUCACGAUACCUGUUAACUAUAUCUGGCCGAUGUUCGCUGAACUCCAAAUUGUAGUGUGGCAUAGCGGCGUGGAGCAAGUGCGUGCCCGAGUAAGAUAUUAGCGUUAUUUUUAUUUGAAUUUGUAAUAUUGCAUAUAUUUUGUUAAUUUAUCCACAAAAAUACUAAUGCAAUUAGCCUUAGUGUUAUGCAAUAUUGAUUUAUGUCCUACCAACUACAUGGAAAUUUAUUGUAAAUGACAGUGUAAAUCUAAUAAUAAAAAUUCAAAAGUCCA